GUGUUAUACUGACUACGUAGUGGAGUAGACGUUUGUACUUAUAGUGAGUGAGAUUUUUUGUGAAAAUGUUUUCCAGUUCUACACUGGGUGUCCUACUGGGGACAAUAUUACUUAUCUCUUCGAUACCCGAUGCGUCCUCUUACAGCAAGUAUGGGAGGACAUGCAACGAUAUCGGCUGUUCAAGGGAUGAGGUCUGCGUGAUGGCCGAGGAUCCCUGUUCCCUUAUCCGGCCGAAUAACUGCGGCCGUUAUCCGACUUGCGAGAAAUCUCAUCCAGGCGGGGCUAGUUGCGCAAGUACCGUGUGCGGCGCAAACGAAUACUGCAAAACUGAAAAUGGUGUGCCGACAUGCGUGAAGAAAUCAACCGCAAUAGGAUACGAAUCAGCGGGCGUUUCUUACGUGAACGGACAUCGGACCAACGUGGACGACGAUCACGAUAAGACCAGCAACACAGCUAGCAAUUCGAACCCUUACGCAAAUGCUAAUGCACCCCCAGCUCCUGCUGAUCCAGCAGGAGGAUAUCGUCAUCAAGUGAAUUCCGGCAGCAAUUUGGGUUAUCCACCGUAUCCUAGUAACAGUGGUUCUAACAGUGGUUCUAACAGCGGAUAUCCACCUUAUCCCUCGACGAACCAAGGAAAUCGACAGCAACAAGACCUGGGAUAUCCACCGUAUCCAACGCACAACAAGAUGCCAGUACCCGCGUAUCCUGGACAAUCCAAUUAUCCCGCGUAUCCUGCGCAAGCUGGUUAUCCAGUUCCGCCUGGUUAUCCACAGCAAUAUCCCGGAUAUCAGAAUUAUCCUUACCCAAAUUAUCCCAAUCAGAAUCGCAUGCAUCACAAUAGUGUCUACGGUCAUCGUAGGAAUUCUGCGUUCGUGCAGUCACCGUCUUUAACGAUUAUCUGCUUGUCGAUCUUUGUCAUGGCAUUCAUUCAUAGAUUUACUCUAACUACCCGUCAUCUGUUGUCAUUAAAUCAAGCUGCAAUAUAUCCAUCAUAUCCAGCACGAGGACCAGGAAACGUUAGGCCAGUUCCACCACCCACUCCGCCACCAAGGUCUUCUUCCAACGGAUUUGGUGGAAGAGUCAGCGGUAACUCGGGAUCAAGGAACACUAUCGGCAGUGGUUCUAUUUUUAACCGUUUGUUCGGGAAUGAUCGUAUUUAUGGGUCUCAUGGUGUAACCACUCCUAGGAGCCGUGGCCGUUCAAGUGGCUAUUACGAUACCCGCACGUCCGUCGACGAACAAGGAAACAGAAUUUGGAGAUUUUCUGAAACGUACUCUUAUCUUUGUAGAACAGCUUUAGGUAUAAGAAACUAUCAGCGAAGAGGUGAGGUAGAUAACGAAAUGUUCGCAGAGUUCGACGGGGACAACAAGAUAGUAGCGAGACGGCAGAGCACCGACGAAACGCAAUCUUCUUUGCCCGAUGACAGCUCGCCUAUCAAAGGCAAGACCACUCAGUCAAGAUAUCCUUCAGGAAGUGAAUAUCCUGGUAGCGAUUCUACCAGAAGCUCUUAUCCAUCCUCAGAAAGUCGACCGAAUCCUGCAGACAGCUCGAGAAGCUCCUCUGGUUAUCUGUCCAGUUCUGGUUACCCUUCAAGCAGCUCCUCCGGUUAUCCUUCAAGAAGUUCUGGUUACCCUUCACAGUCUGGAUAUCCUUCAGGAGGCUCUUCUGGUUAUCCGUCACAGUCAGGAUACCCUUCGAGAAGCUCUGGUUAUCCGUCAGAGUCAGGAUAUCCUUCGAGAAGCUCCGGUUAUCCGUCACAAUCUGGAUACCCGUCGAGAAGCUCUGGCUACCCGUCAGGAUCAAGCGGUUAUCCUAGCAGCUCUUAUCCUUCUUCGAAUUCUCGAGGAUAUCCGUCGAGCUCUGGUUAUCCUAGCAGCUCGUCGACGAACGAGGACAGCGUGCAAAGGGUAAACGCUAAUACGGUCAAUUCUGCGAAUCCUGGCUAUCCGAGUCAAGGCCAAGCAACUCGAACUAAUUAUCCAAGUCAAAAUUCUGGAUAUCCAAGUCAAAAUUCUGGGUAUCCUAGCCAAACUAACCAAGCUAACCAGUACGGUAAUUAUUAUCCUGGGUAUAACCAGGGUAGAUAUCCUCAAGGUUACCCACAGAGCGGAUAUCCAGCUCAAGGAAAUUACCCUCAAGGAUAUCCAGGUGGGUAUCAACAAGGAUAUCCAGGAGGGUAUCAACAAGGAUAUUAUCCCCCUCCUACCACUAAAAAACCUAAUUUCGGAGAUCAGAUAACCAAUUUAGCGAAAGAUCUCGCCGGGAAAGUUUUAACUCAGGCGAUCAUAGAUAAAGUUGCCGGGAGGCAUUAAUCCUUAGUUAAAUAGGAUCUUAGAGUGGUAUAUUAAGACAGUCGGUAUUCGACGCGAUGUAUUUAAUUAUGCUUUCUUGUUGUAAUCGUUAUUCGCAGUAGUGCUAAUCUAAUUUGUCGAAGUAUAUGAAAUAG